GUGUUUAUCAAGUGUGGGGCUUGGGCUAAGGUUCUUGUUUCAUUGUACUUUAUGGUAAUGACUUGUAAUACAGGCAGGCUCCGGCAGCAGGAUGGGACGGACACGGCCGUGGACUUGUACCUGGCCAUCCCACUGCUCUUCACCGUCCUGGCCCUCGUCCUCCCCUCCGUCUGCGUGAGGCUGCAGGGAGCCAAGGGGGAGCAGCUCCGGCAGCCGGCAGUGGCCAAAGCAGCUCGGGAAAGCGGCCCUGGGGACCAAGUGGUGGCGGGAGCAGGGCCGGAAGCCGGGAAGGAGGCAGCUGCUGAGCAGUGGGAGGAGGCAGCGGAGGAGCCGAGCCCUGUGGCGGGGCCCAGCCUGGCGGCGGCUGAGAACAUCCCCCAGCAGCCACCCCCUGAGCACUGUGAGCCCGAGACCCAGGAGGAUGUGGAGAGCAAAGUAUCACCUUUGGGAGCCUCAGCUGGGUCCAGCCUCGGGCACCUGGGACAAGUGGAGGAUGCAGGAGACCACACAGUAUUUCCCAGCAAGGCAGAGGAGGAAGAUCUGGACUCAGAAAAAGAGAAGCUGAUAUUGGGAGAACCAGCAAGCACAGCAGCUACACCAGUCCCAGUGACAAGUGCAGCAGCAUCAUUUGAGAGUUCUGAAGAUUUUGAAUGGCCUUUGGGUACCCUUGGGUCCUGCCUGCUGAUUGUGAUGGGGAUCAGCAUGUUGGCAUGCAUGCAGAGUGUGUUUUGCCCACAACCAUUUAAUCUGAUUUCAAGAGUUAAGCAGAGGCAGGUUUGGGUCUUGUCUGGGGUUAGACGACGAUAUGGGAGGACCAAGAGAUUUUUCCCAAGGCUGGACAGUCAUGAGUGGCAGGGUGUGUGGGACAGUAUGGGCAAGUAUCUAGUCCACUGGGCCCCUCCAGUGCUUUGGAAGCGUCAGAGAUGG